UUUAUCCAGGGAAGAGGAGUAAGUCAUUUUCCUUUGGUGAUGACUGGAACCGGGAGAGGCAGAUACGUCGGUCUUCUUCUGGUAAGCAGUAGCCAGUCGAUGGAAUUUUGUGUUUUUGGGUUAAAGAUGAUUUUGAAGAUUUUCAGGCAUAUUUUUGGGGUUUCAUUCGGUUCUUGGGGUUAUUCAUGAUCGGUUGAAAAAUGGUCACAGGAGUAAAUUGGGUCGGUUGCCGUAUUGGGUGGAACAGGUUGGUUGUGAGGUAUGGCUUUAAUGUGAGUUGGUGGGAGAAUUGAAAUGGAGGUGGUUGAAGUAAAGUAAAUGGAGGUGGGUGAAGUUAAGUGUGAUGGAGUGGAGAAAAGGGGUUCACGGUUUUUCUUUAAUAGAGGAUUUGUAGGUAAGAGGGUGUUUUAAGAAACAUAAGGUUGAUGUGUGGAGAUCAUCGGGAUAGACCUUAGAUCGAAGGGAGGUCACAGGUACCGUUCGGGACCGAGGGGAGGAAGAAAGAUUAAGAGACGAACACGCUUGGCCGGAAAAGACUCAGAUCAGAGAGACAAAAACUCAGAACCAAAUAGCAGUGGUUGCCAUAUGGAACAGAGGAGAUUGCAUCGCCGGAGUUUUGGGGCUCCAUCAAUAGAUCUUGACUAAAGAUGAGCCAAUUAGAUUGUCCUAACAUCUCAAGAGAUUGAAUUUCUUUAGGAUCUUGCAAUGAAGAAUGGUAAUGGAGGCAACCUGCUACAAUUGUUUCAGAGGCUAGUAGCAGUGAUCUGUGAUAUCUUGCAGAGGCUGUUGUUUAUGGUGCUCUCAGUAGGUCCCAUCCCCAACCACAUUGCCUUCAUUAUGGAUGGGAACCGAAGGUAUGCCAAGUACAGAAAACUUGGUCCAGGUGCUGGUCACACGACUGGGUUUUCAUCUCUCCUCCAUGUUCUUGAAUGUUGUUACAAGAUAGGGGUGAAGUAUGUAACCGUCUAUGCUUUCAGUAUAGACAACUUCAAGAGGGACCCUGGUGAAGUUCAGUCCAUUAUGGAUGUGAUGCUGGAAAAAAUUGAUGAAUUGCUCAAGGAAGAAAGCAUUGUGAAUAAUCAUGGGAUUAGAAUUAAUUUCUUUGGUAAUUUGAAGCUCUUGAGCGAGCCUGUGAGGAUGGCAGCUGAGAAAGCUAUGGCAGCAACUGCCAAGAACACUAAUGUAGUGCUCUCAAUUUGUGUUGCUUAUACUUCUACAAAUGAAAUUGUCCAUGCUGUUCAAGAGUCUUGCAAGGAGAAAUUGGUACAAGCUCAAGUAAAUUCAAAUGUCAAUGGUAGAAUAAGAGAUUCAUUCAGAGGAUACACUAGGCUUUCAGAGGAAGAAUAUUCCAUUACUCAGGAUGAUUUGGAGAGGCACAUGUAUUUAGCAGAGUGCCCAAAUCCUGACCUCUUAAUCAGGACGUCCGGGGAGACUCGCCUGAGCAAUUUCCUUCUUUGGCAGACUACUUUUUGCUAUCUGCAUGUUCUAGAUGCUCUUUGGCCAGAGAUCUCACCAUGGUGGAUGGGAUGGGUGCUCUUGCAUUACCAAAGAGCAAAGCCUUACAUAGAUGAAAGGAAGGUGGAGUUAUAACUUUUGUUUCUUUGUGUGUGUGCACCUGCUGUACCAUUAAGCUCCAAUAAUUAUUUAAUGCCAAUGCUUGAGAAACUGAUUGACACUUACUAUAUCCUUAUAUUGAACAUCCACUUUUAGUCAGAAGAUAAUGCUUCUCUUUUAUUUA